AUGUCCCAGGAUGGCUGGUGCCCGCUCUGCUUGCGAGGCAUCUGUGCAGCACCUGUGGACCCAGCAGCGCCCCACCUGCGACUAAACGUCAGCUGUCUGUUUUUCCUCGGAAACUCGGGGCUUCCCCUGCAGCCUCUCUCCCUCAGAAGGCCCUCAGAAAAUAUGAUGAGGAACAUCUGCAUCUUUGUAUCUCUGCCUCUUGUGCUUCCCCUGGUCGAUGGACAGCGUUUUAACCUAACAGUUGUGGACUUUAUGCAUAUAAAAGAAGAGAAAACCUGGGAAGAAGCUCAGGCUUUCUGCAGGGAGAAUCACACAGACCUGGUCACUAUCAGAAAUGAAAAGGAAAAUCAAGUCUUUGAUGGAUUGUGGGGCUGGAUCGGAUUGUACAGAGAUAGUGAGACAAGUCCCUGGAAAUGGUCCGGAGGACAAGGAACAGAAAACUACAGCAACUGGGCUGAUAAUGAGCCAGAUGAAGUUGAGACGGAGCUCUGCGUUCUCAUGUUUACACCUGUAAAAUGGCAUGAUUUUUCGUGCCAGGAAACAGAAUAUUUCAUUUGUUAUGAUGAUAAACUGGUUCUGGUGAAGGAGAAAAAGACGUGGGAGGAAGCCUUAGAACACUGCCGGUCUCUGAGUGGGGAACACACAACUUCUGUGCCUGGGGAGCACAUCUACGACUUGGCAACCCUGAUCACUGCUGAUGACCAUGACUACGCACGAGAAAGAGCACAACAGGCUAACACGGAUGAGGUGUGGACUGGCCUGCGUUUUCUUGGUGAUGAGUGGUUCUGGAUGGGUGGAGAACCAGUACUGUACCAAGACAUUCCAAACUGCCUGGCUUUUCGCUGUGGUGUCCUCGAGAAAAACAGCAACAACUUCUUUGGGAUCAGAGACUGCAGUGAGAGGAAGAACUUCUUCUGUUACAAGAAGCCUAAAAACCUCUGA